AUGGUCACUGUUGCAGGCAUUCAGCAGCAGCAGCAGCAGCAGCAACAGCAGCAGCAGCAGCAGCAGGAGAGACAAGAAACAGAACGACAGAAAAUGCAGCAAAAACAACAGCAACCAAACAACAACACUCAACCCACUUCUACCCCCACAGGGUCCCCCGUACCAGCAGCACAACAUCCCAGCAGCAGCAGCAGCAGCAGCAACAGCAGCAGCAGCAGCAGCAGCAGCAGCAAUCCAGGCAAACUGGAGUUGCCUGUGAAGGUUGCUUCGCCUGCAGCAGAGGGGCCCCCGGGGGGCCCCCCCCCCAGCAGUCCCCUGACCGCUCGCCUGUCUCUUCCGAAGCCUCCUGGGGGCCCCCAGGGGCGGCCAGUGGUGGCGCGUCUGCGGCCAGAGACAGCUGGGGCCCCUGGGGGCCCCUGCUGA